AUGCAUAAUAGCAGUCAAUAUAACACUGCCAUAUUCCCGUCCAGUCAGGAUUCCCUCAACUACUACUCCAACCACCCACAAAGAACAGAACGCGUCGCUUUAGAGCCUUCAAAUACCACAGUUCUGAAGUACAAAAUCAUGGAUAAGCUAUUUUCGGUAUUCAAGGCGACUCCUAAAACCGGCACAAUCGCGGACUUCAUAAAGCUGCACCCAUACGUAGAGAGACUGGCCAACCACAUGUACGGCAAGACCAAUAUCACAAAGAUGGCCUACGGCAAGGUCAGUGACACGGCAUAUAUCAUUAUUAUGUUGGAUCAUGCGCCGAUUGGCGCCGAAGGAUCGGUCCAGGAAUCAUUUCUGCGUCUCAACGCAAACUUCUACGAGGUGCUCAAGGACCAGUUUGACCAUGAGACUUACAAGAUACUCAUCAAAAGGGGCCAUUGGGUAGCUCCCGUCGGAAUCCACGAAGAAUUUGAUGUUUUCGUCAAUCACCCUAUUAGCGGGAGGCUCAUUGUGGCACCUAUCGAUAAGCAGAAGCAGUAUAUGAGGUCGAUGUAG